AUGUCUUCAAUCCCAUCGAAGGCUUCCUUGAACCAGAAGAAACCGGGCGGCCUUCGCGCAGCCAUCAAACGCAUGUUCUCGAGCAAGAGACACAGGUCAGUGCCGACUGAUGCGGGCGACUUCCAUUACUCUGAAUCAGGACAUCUCAAUCCUGUCACAGAAUACCACGGUCGCACGCGGCUGGAAUCCGCCCCGCCCCCGGAUGGUGACUUUGCCAUCUGGGGAGCUGCUCUGACCUCGCACUCUACUACCCAUCAACAAUCCGGAGCCGUCUAUGGGAUUCUGCCGCUAUCGUCUCGGCGCGGGCGCCGUAACACAUUGCCUAGUCUGGUUUUCAGUGACAAAGACUCGGGGCUUCUACCAGCUGUCAACGACUGGCCCGCGGCCCAUUUGGUUCAGACGGAACAUCGAGGAAAGCAGGAUACGGUGUCAGAGAGGCAGUUCAAACGGCGCUCCCGGAGUGCCGAUGCGCUCAAUGAGCUGACACGGCAAGGCGCCGUCGAAUCAUCUUCCACUCAAGAUCGGGCCGGUACAAUCGCGUUCUGGCGCCGCAGUGCUACUCAGAACCCACCACCAGUAUACAAUGGUCAAUCAAUCGUGGUGGACUCUGCAGAUGCCCAAUUACCGUCAACUUCAGCCGGCCCGUCUCAGCGCACCGCUUCCAACACAAGUUUGAUGCAGACCUUCGACUUUGGCCUUGGAAGCCCGGAGGCCGACGAUACCUCGCUCGAGCAAAGACUUGGGACACUCGAGAUCAAAAUCUUCGACUUUGAGUUCGCUCUGGCCAAACUACAAGGCCACGACAUUCCAAAUCCCAGGAUGGACCCGAAAGCAAAUACAAAGCCAUUUAGUCGAGGCUCAGUCCAGAAUGUCUUCCAGCCUGACGCGACGAAUCUGACUGUGACAACCGAGUCCUCUACCAACCUUACCUAUCAGUAUUCCCCUGCUGGCGACCCGCCACUGACUUUCUUGUCUUCGCCUGGGCAGUCGCCCCUCGCUUCUCCAGAAGGCGAUGAUCUGUACCGUCCGCAGAGAGCAAGUAAAGCCACCACUGUUACGGUCAGACCUGCAACCACCCGGCGCAGAUCACCAGUGCGGUCCCGAUCACCAGUCCGGUCUCGAUCACCAGCGCGGUCUCGGGAUUCAUCGCCAUCAUCUAUCCACAUCCCGGUACACAAAUUUGAGGCUCUACUGGACUUGGUCAAAGAAGAGAAGGUGGCUCGUUUGAGGCUAGAGGAGCAGGUCAAAGAACUGCAGCGAGAGAUGGAGAGCUUGCGGACACCUGUUUAUGCGACGAUUAGGGAAGCAUAUCCCACGCCGAGUCCCGAGUCGAGUCAAAACACCCAAAUCACCCCUCGACAGAAGACCCUACACCGGACUCCACCAUUCCAAUUAGAUCACCCUCGAUCUGCAGAGAUCUCACGUUUUAGCGGAACUGAAGACUCAGAUAUUGAAGUGGGAGGCUACGAAGAUGUCUACGAGACUCCUAAGGAGGAAUCGAGGAACACAUUUGAGACGGCCCGAGACUCUCCUGGGCCCGUCAAAGCAUGA